GACGACAAGAUAACACGCUGCUUGUGCUCCUGGUCGUGCGAGAUUUAGCUGCUUCUUAACCUGAAAUCGACAGGAAACAGCUUAUAAAUGUUGUGUGUGCGUUUCGACUAUAUAUGGUUCUGCUAUUAGACCGAAACGACCAUGUUUUAACCCAUCGCAGCGUGUGGUGAGGGGCUGGGGAAGUGUCGAUACUGGGAGGAGAAGCGGUGCUCGAUCAUGAGUGACAGGUAAAGGCGUGAGAAACGCGGAUUUGGGAUGGACGCGAUGGACGCGAUCGGGGUCUCCAGCCUGAACCCCCUGGACGAUUACGAGCUCAUCCACCGCAUCGGGAGCGGCACGUACGGGGACGUGUUUAAGGCUCGUAAUAUCAAGACAUCCGUGAUUUCAGCCAUUAAAGUUGUCAAACUGGAUCCAGGUGAAGACCUGGCCUCUAUCCAGCAGGAGAUCACCAUGAUGAAGGGCUGCAGCCACAAGAACAUUGUGUCCUAUUUCGGCAGCUACCUCAGGAAUAACAAGCUGUGGAUAUGUAUGGAGUACUGUGGAGGAGGAUCACUCCAGGACAUCUACCACGUGACAGGCCCGCUGAAGGAGAGACAGAUUGCCUACAUGUGCCGGGAAACACUAGAGGGUCUGCGCCACCUGCACGACAGGGGGAAGAUGCACAGGGACAUUAAGGGAGCCAACAUCCUCCUGACAGAACGAGGAGAUGUCAAAUUAGCUGAUUUUGGUGUAGCAGCAGAGAUCACCACAUCUGUGUCCAAAAGGAAGUCUUUCAUUGGAACUCCUUACUGGAUGGCACCAGAGGUGGCAGCAGUGGAGAAGAAGGGAGGCUAUAACCAGCUGUGUGACGUCUGGGCUGUGGGCAUCACCGCCAUCGAGCUGGCCGAGCUGCAGCCGCCCAUGUUUGACCUCCACCCAAUGAGAGCCUUGAUGGUCAUGUCAAAGAGCAGCUUCCAGCCCCCCAAACUAAAGGAAAAGGCCAAGUGGUCUGCAGAUUUUCACAGCUUUGUGAAAAUGUCUCUUACUAAAAACCCCCGCAAGAGACCCACAGCUGAAAAGCUUCUGCAGCACCCGUUUGUGACCCAGCUGCUGCCUCGAACCCUGGCCAUCGAGCUGCUGGACAUGGCCAGCAACCCUGACCUACAGCCUGCUCUCACCAUGGACGACAGCGACCUGGACACAUGUGAUGCCUUCCCUGAUAAGAUCCAGUCAUUGGGGAAACACUUGAGUGUGCAGAGGACCCUGUCAGAGGAGCAGUUCGACCAGGUGAAAUUCGGCCCCCCUCUGCGGACGGAGAUGGACCCCUCCCCUGACCUGGGAUCGUAUGAUGAUUGGAGCCUCACAGGAGAGGAACAGGAUUCUCCGAGCCUGUUGGAGAGUGUGGAGGAGGCCUUGCUGGAGAGGAGCCUCACAAUAAAGAGGGCGCCCUCUGCUGGGCACCGUCCCGUGGACGAGGAGGAUAAGUGUGGAACAGUGAAACGGAGUGCCACGCCCCUGCCCAGCCUGCAGGACAAAUCCCCCACCCCCCCCUCCAACACCUCCUCUCCAGGGGGUGCUGUGUGCGAGAAGCAGUGGCCGGGGGUCAGCCCCUCCCCCCCCCGGGCACCGCCCCUCUCUCCUGAGUGGAGCACGCUCAGACGGCAGGCAGAGGACUCGAGAGCAGAAUGCCACGGACUUCCCCCGACUCCCAAAGUGCACAUGGGUGCCUGUUUCUCCAAAGUCUUCAACGGCUGCCCUCUCAAAAUCCACGCUGCUGUCACCUGGGUUCUGCCCAAGACGAGAGAUCAGUACCUCAUUCUGGGAGCUGAGGAGGGCAUCUACACCCUCAACCUCAACGAGCUUCACGAGGAUACCAUGGAGAAGCUUCUCCCGCAGAGAUGCACCUGGCUGUACGUCAUGAACAAUGUCCUGAUGAGCAUCUCAGGGAAGUCCUCCCAGCUGCAAUCGCACUGCCUGCCUGGGUUGUUUCAGCACCGCAGACACCUUCAGAAGAGACAGGGUCACCUGUCCAUCAGCACCAACCGCCUGAGCGGGAGGAUCAACCCCAGGAAGUUUGCCAUCUCUGCAAAGAUCCCUGACACCAAAGGCUGCCGCAGGUGCAGCGUGGGUAAGAGUGCUGAUGUGCGAAGACUCCAUUUUCAGACAGGAGAUGUGCGAUUUGAGAAUAAUCCCUUGCUCUCCUCCCCUGGCCUCUCAGUGCAUAACCCCUACACGGACAGCACCUUCCUGUGUGCUGCAGUGCCGUCUGGCCUGAUCCUGCUGCUGUGGUACGAACCGCUGCAGAAGUUCAUGCACCUCAAGCACAUUGCAGUGUGUCUGCCGGAGCGUCUCCCCAUCUUCGAGCUGUUGGUGGUGCAGACAGAUGAGCUGCCCCAGGUGUGCGUAGGCGUGAGGGAGUGUGCCAGGGGCGUGGCCCAGCUGUCCAAUCAGCAGCUGCAGUUUGAUAUCGUGACCCUGGAGGGCGUUGCCGGGUCUGUGCCAGACACCGAGCCUCUGAGGGCCGUGCAGGUGACGCAGCUGGACCGAGACACUGUCCUCAUCGUCCUGGAGAAGACUGUGAAGAUGGUGACCCUGCAGGGACUUCCGAGCAGAGACGCGACCUCUGACCUGACCUUCGACUUUGCCGUCGACACUCUGGUCUGUCUGCAGGACAGUGUGCUGGCCUUCUGGAAACAUGGACUGGUAGGACGAAGUCUCCACAGUAACGAGAUCACCCAGGAAAUCACAGAUGAGAGCCGAGUCUUCCAGGUCCUGGGUACAAACAGGGACAUCGUCCUGCAGAGCACCCCCACAGAGAACCCCUCCGCUCCCAGUAACCUGUACAUCCUGACCGGCCAUGAGAGCAGCUACUGAGGGGCAGGACACAGCCACCAGGGGGCGCACUGUGGCCAAAAGCUCAACCCCCCUCACACAGUCCACCCAGAAUGGAGCAGAACUGUGACUGGGGCUGUGUAGAUUUAACAAAACACACACACACACUCACACACACUCACACAC